AUGGGCCAGGUCCACACAAUAACAAAAUUCUGAGCAAGGGGGAAGAGGGAUCUAGUGCUUCCUCACCUUUGAACUCUAUUCUUCCUUUCCUUGGCCAUUCAGUAAAGAAGAAGUUAACCAGUAUCUACAAGAAUGCUUUUCUUGCUGAACUCGAAAUUCCAAAAGCACUUUUAUAAAAGCCAUGAAAGCUGCAUUGUCUCCCUUGCCUUGUUUCUUAACAACCAACCACCACAUUUAAGUGUGCACGUUAGAAAGAAGCAAUUGGUGAAAAAUUCAUGGGUGUUCUAGGAACCCUAGCUAGGCAUCUUGAUGCACUCAUUGGCCCGGGAUUGAUGCUGCUUUAUCCUUUAUAUGCAUCGAUGCGAGCAAUAGAGAGCCCUUCACCUCUGGAUGAUCAGCAAUGGCUUACAUACUGGGUCUUGUACUCCUUGAUCACCCUCUUUGAGCUAACUUUUUGGAAAGUUCUACAAUGGUUUCCUCUGUGGCCCUACAUGAAGCUUGUUUUCUGUUGCUGGUUGGUGCUGCCCAUCUUCAACGGGGCGGCGUAUAUUUAUGAGAAUUAUGUAAGGAAGUAUGUCAAGAUAGGAGGCUAUGUGAGCCCCAACUAUGGUGAGAGGGAGAGAAGGGUGUUGCAGAUGAUGAGCCUCGACUCGAGGAAGGCGGCAGAGCGAUAUAUCGAGACUCACGGGCUAGAAGCCUUCGAGAGAGUCAUCCAGGCGGCUCUGACGGAAGCAAAGAAGAACUAAAGCUUACUAGCUAAUCAAACAAGGAUGUUCCGUGAUCUGAAAAUAUGUCGAGUGGAGAAUCAAUCAAAUUGCAAUUACUGUGUAUCAUUACGUAAAUGGAGUAUUCCACAGUUUCUCAGAUACGAAAACUAUCUACUAAAUCUGUAAUCACUGCAAGGAUCUAUCUUAAAUUCUCAUCUUGCUAU